AGGACCGUGCGGGGCUGGGAGGCGAGGGGCGGGAAGGGGCAGGGCCCGGAGGAGAGGGUCGCAGCGCAGGCCCGUCGCGGCUCGGCUCGGCGCGCCCCAUGCGAUCGCCCCCAACCGCGGCCCCCGCGCCGCUCAGCCGAAGUGCGGGAAAAGCGGCGGCCGCGUUCACGCUGCUGCACUCGGGUCCCGACCCGGACCGCAACCCCGACCCGGACCCCGAUCCCGAUCCCGACCCGGACCCAGACCCUCAGCCGGAGCUGGACUCAGACCCCGACCCGGACCCAGACCCAGACCCCGACUCUGACCCAGAGCCGGACCCUAAUCCAGACCCGGAGCCGGACCCUUGCGCCUUCCCGGACCCCGAUCCGGAACCUGGGCGCACGCCCGUCCCCUUCAGGGCUGUUUAUGAGCUUGGACCUUGUGCCCCGCCUGGCUGGAUCGCUGGCCCCACUGUCUUCCGUCUUCCGCUUACUUCCCCAGCCAGGAGCGCAAGACGCACCGGUCCCCAGGGGAGUUGGGGUGGGGGCCAUGGAGGGGGCCCAUCCUGACAGCCUGCGUGCCACCACGAGAGCAGCUGACACAGGGACACAGCGACCCAGCAAGAUGACCAUGGAGCCCAGGGACAUCCUGGUUCUGCUGCCCACCCAGGAGCAGCUGUGGCUAGCUGUGGGGGUGCGGGCCACCGGGCACGAGCUCUUCCAGCAGGCGUGUGACACGGCCAACCUCAGAGACGCCCGCUUCUUCGCCUCGGUGUGGUCAGAAAGGGGAGAGGGGUCUACUCCAGUUCUUUCUGGAAGAAACCGUGAACUGGAAACCCUGGGCGAGGCUUGCGGUCCGAUUCAGCCAUCCGGGGUUCUGGAAACAUGGGUCCGUAGCAGAGUCCUGGGUCCAGAAGAAAUCUUCCCUGCAACUGAAGGUUGAGGUGUGCCGGCAGAAGAGCAGGAGCCACCCAGCUUGUCUCCCAUCUUGGGGGUUUCCUCUGUGACCCCCGGCUCUAGGCCUCUAGAGACCCCCGGGCUUGGUGGAGGGGUCCCCGGGGGGGAGGAGGGAAGCAGGGGAGUCCGAGGGGCUGCGUGUGCAUGGGAGACGGGGUCGCCGCAUGGGGCUCUGAAGGGCACGUGGCCUCGGGGAGGGCACCCGAGGAGUGGCUGGUGCCCCCCCACGAGCCGUGCCGUGAGUGACUGGGACAGUCCCUAUCCCUGGGGGCUUGGGCUUGUCAGGACGGAGCACCUUCUCCCCAAGACGCUGGGACGGAGCGCCAGAGAAAGAGGAUUCCGAUCCGCCAGCCGGCCGGCGGCCUGAGCUCCCCUGGCCUCUGCCCUGGCUCAGGGAGGGGAUGACGGAGCCCCUGGCUGGCCUCUGCUCCGCGCUUGUCAGGCAGCCCCUCCUGUUCCAGGCCCGGAUGGACAGACAGGGCUGCAGGCAGACGGACAGCCGUCCUGGGUUUACAGCCCGAGGCAGCAGACUGUGGCUUUGCUGUUAAAUUUUAAUAUUGGUGGACUUUUCCCAAUCUGCCAGGAAAGCUAAGUUGAUGGGUAGCUUUGCCCCCAAUUUAAAGCUUAUGUCUACAAGCCUCGUUUUAACCACUGCUGGUUGCUGCCCCGGUCUGGGUCCACACAGGUGAUACAUCAAAGGAAAUACACGUUUGCAUAGA